CCCUGCCCAGGCGUCCAAUGGCGGCGUCGCUUCUUCCUUGGACACAAUAUGGCGGCUCCCAGUCCUCCAGUGGGAAGGCUAGUCGGCUGAAUUAAGCGGCUGGUUUGGGUCGGUUGGAGUACCCCGGGGGCCGGGGAUGUGCUGCGGGGAUGUCGAACGACGCAGGCAGAAAGCAGUUCUGGAAGAGGAACGUGUCCAAAGUGCCGGGGAGUAUUCAACAUGUGUACGGCGCACAGCAUCCUCCCUUUGAUCCGCAGCUUCAUGGAACAUUGAACAAAACUAUUUCAAAGCUUCCGCCAACUCCUGUGAAAUUAAAGAAAGUCACCACUUUCCAGGAGUUUGAGAGCAAUACUAGUGACGCGUGGGAUGUGGGCGAAGAUGACGAUGAACUGUUGGCAAUGGCGACUGAAAGUUUAAAUACCGACGUUGUUAUGCAAACUGCAAACAGAGUAAUCCAGAACCACACAAAGCUUCAGGAACAGAACAAAUUCCAAGAGACACAACUGGAAAUCAGACCUGCCGCUCUCGAGGAACCCCCAUUGACAGCUGGUGAUGACAAUAAGAUUGUAAAAUCAGCUAGCGAAAGUCAGAUUCCCUCAUCCACUGGUGAGAGGCAUUCUCUGCAGAGACAGCAGUCCGUCCCACAGCAGACCUAUAUUCCCGGGCCGGCAGAUCAAGUCAUCUCAAGCAGCGCCGGGUUAACGGAAAGAGAAGCAUUUAGGCUCGAAAAAUUUAAACAGCUUCUCUCUGGCCCAAACACUGACCUUGAAGAGUUACGAAGGUUGAGUUGGUCUGGCAUUCCGAAACCUGUUCGAUCCAUCACAUGGAAGCUCCUCUCAGGUUACCUCCCAGCAAAUGUGGACAGAAGGGCCGGCACACUGAAGAGAAAACAAAAAGAAUAUUUUGCUUUUAUAGAACAAUAUUACAAUUCCAGAAAUGAAGAGUCCAAUCAGAGCACCUACAGACAGAUUCAUAUAGAUAUCCCUCGAAUGAGCCUAGAAACAUUAAUUCUUCAGCCAGUAGUGACAGAGAUAUUUGAAAGGAUUUUAUUUAUAUGGGCCAUUCGCCAUCCAGCCAGUGGAUAUGUCCAAGGCAUGAAUGAUCUUCUCACGCCAUUUUUUGUGGUGUUCAUUGGUGACUAUAUGGCUGAAGAAGAAGACGUGGAAAAUUUUGAUGUUUCCAGUCUGCCCGAGGAGGUGCUGCGGAACAUCGAAGCUGACAGCUACUGGUGCAUGAGCAAACUGCUCGAUGGCAUUCAGGAUAACUACACCUUUGCACAGCCAGGAAUACAAAAGAAAGUGAAAAUGCUAGAGGAGCUGGUUAGUCGUAUUGAUGAACAUGUUCACAGACACUUGCAUCAGUAUGAUGUUGAAUAUCUGCAGUUUGCUUUCCGAUGGAUGAAUAAUCUUCUGAUGAGAGAAGUUCCCCUGCAGUGCACCAUCAGGCUUUGGGACACGUACCAGUCUGAGCCCGAAGGAUUCUCCCACUUCCAUUUAUACGUCUGUGCUGCCUUCCUGGUGAGAUGGAGAAAAGAGAUUUUGGAAGAAAAAGAUUUCCAUGGGUUAUUGAUCCUGUUGCAGAAUCUACCAACUGCUCAGUGGGGUAACGAAGACAUCAGCAUCUUACUAGCAGAAGCCUACAGAUUGAAGUUUGCAUUUGCAGAUGCCCCCAAUCAUUACAAAAAAUGAAGCUGAAUCGAUUUUUAGAUACCCCUCAUUAUCUCUGAUAUGUAUCUGUUUGAAUUAUUGUUUUUUCCAUUUUUAUUUUCCUUUUACCAAUUGUAACACAUUUAUUUAAAUUUCCAAUACCUAGUUGCCUGAUUUUAGGUUUUGCCAUGGUGCCAGGUAUCUAUACACAUGGAUAUAACAUAUACCAAAAAAAAAAGCAUAUUUUUACCUUGUAAUUAUCGGAUUAUAUAAGGAACAGAUGACAUAAUCUUCUGGUGAAUAAAGCAGUUUUUGUACAUUUGAUUAUGAGAAAGGAUUCAUGUGCAGAUAUUCCAAUUCUGUGUGAGCUACGCAUCUUAGUCUUUGUAUUUCUGAAAAUUAUUAAGAAUUAAAACACAUCUAACAUUUGGCUUUCAAAACUGCUGGGACAUUUUCCAUACCCUGUGUUUUUGCCUUUGAGAAAACAUGUAAUUUUAACAAUAAUUGCACAACCUCUUUAAAUCUGACCAUAUCAGUGAUAACCGAUAAAUUCAAUGUAUUUUUUUUUUAUUUUUUUUUAUUUUGGGUUUUAGAUCUGCUUUUCAUGUUUGGCAAUGUGACAGUAAGUGAAUACUAUGAAAGAGACUGUUUUAAAUCAGUUUAAAACAAUUUUCCAACAUAUUCCCAGCAGGAUCUCUUUAGAAUUUCUCUUCAGAAUGUGACCAUAUUUCUGUGGAUUUAUCUGUGGUUAAUAUUUGAAGAUGUUAGUUUAUUCAAGUGGAGGUAAAACAUAUUUAUUUUUGUACCUUCGGUGACAGUUACUGAUUAAAACAGGGUAUAGAGGAUGUAAUACCAGGAUGUUGCCUGGGUGUGCUUCAUGUAACCAAAUGCACAAAGAGGCAAAAAAUAGAAUGGAUAUUUGUCAAAAUGUUCUGUUCUAAAAAGUGGUGCAAAAAUGUAAAAGGGGAGGAGUCAUCACGGGAAUAUGACUUGGUUUCCAUGGUGAUUGCACCCUUUUUUAGUAUGUCAGACGAUUUUUUAAAAUCAAAAUACGUAAUCUCCCACAUUGUGUUUAAAAACUAUCUGAUGCUCCUGUGUGUACAGGGUACUCAACCCCAUAUUUUAUGAAAAAUGUUUCUAAUAAAAACAAACAAUAGAACAUAUUAUGAACAUCUUAAUACAUUUAUAAUUGCUAUAAGAGAGAUGUGAUGAUAGGGCCACCUGAAAUGUUAUGUGUGUGUAUGUGUAUAUGAUAUAUUAUAUAGCUCUAUCAAUCAUAUACUAUUUUACUAUUAAUUGCACAUGACAUUGUGGAGGGUGUGCUGUGCAAGGACUGCCCACCUUUUAUAUUCUCUGAAAUUAAAGCGUUUCGCAGCUAAAUUAUUCUGACUAACAGAACGUGAAAUUCACAAAACUGUUAUUGUCUUUAUAUGUUUACAGCCAGGCAAGGCACAUAUACCACGUUACAGAUAAUAUAUCAGUGAUUUGCACAACAUAACAACAUACAGUAUAAAUUGGGUAUAUACAAUAUAAAUUGGGGAUACUUAUCCAGAAAGACCAACCAAGCCACCACAUACAUCUCAAUGAUUCUCACGUUUCGCCCAUAUGGGGAUCUGUGUGUGCAAACAGGUAUAAUUGCAAAUGUGUAAUGGAAAUUAAGCUGGAUUUUAACGGGAAACUGUACUAAGCCAAUCCAUUACUUUAGAUCUUUAUUAAAAUGUUAUGGGCGCUAUUUAUUAAGUAUGGCCCUAUGUAUGUAAAAAAAAAA